UUUCUUCAUUUUUGACUCGCUGACUCAAUUCUCUGAAUGUGUAGUAUAGUUUCUCAAUCAUGGCUGGAUUUCUUACAUGGCUCUGGAGGUAUAGGAAUUAUCUGGUGAUAGUUCUCACACCUCUUCUCCUGCUGCCUCUGCCGCUCGCCGUCCCCUCCUCGGAGGGAAAAUGUGGCUUCAUUAUCAUCCUCAUGGCUCUGUACUGGUGUACGGAGUGCAUUCCUCUGGCUGCCACGUCCUUACUUCCUGUCAUUCUUUUUCCUAUGAUGAAGAUCAUGGAGUCAGAUGAGGUGUGUAUCCAGUACCUGAAAGACUCCAAUAUGCUCUUCAUCGGCGGGUUGCUUGUGGCUAUUGCUGUAGAGCAUUGGAAUCUGCACAAGCGAAUUGCCCUGCAGGUUCUGCUUCUUGUCGGUGUCAAACCUUCGCUCCUGAUGAUAGGCUUCAUGGGCACGACGGCCUUCUUGUCUAUGUGGAUCAGCAACACAGCAUCCACAGCCAUGAUGCUGCCCAUCGCCAACGCCGUGCUGCAGCAGCUCAGUGACUCUGAGGCCAAUGCUGAAAAGAGAGCUGAUGAAUUCCAUGCCGCUAAGGAAGGUGUGGAAAAUCAGAGCUUUGAGAUGACCGACACUAAUGAAUCCAAGGAGGUCAAAUUAAAGGACAACAGGAUUGACAUGGAUCAUGGGAACAAGGACGUGACAGAUAUUGAUAUUUCAAAGUGUGGUGCUUGGAGUCCAGAGAUGGUGGAACAGCGUAGAAAAAGGCGGGAGCAGAAGUACACAAAUCUUACCAAGGGCAUGAGUCUGUCCGUCUGUUAUGCUGCAAGCAUCGGAGGGACCGCUACCCUAACUGGAACCACACCCAACGUCAUCAUGAAGGGCCAGAUCGAUAAACUUUUUCCAGAUAAUGGUGGUAUCAUCAAUUUUGCAAGCUGGUUUGGCUUCGCAUUUCCCAACAUGAUUCUCAUGUUGGCCUUAGCUUGGUUGUGGCUGCAGUUCAUGUUUCUGGGCUUCAAUUUGAAACAAUCAUUUGGAUGCGGUACAAAGAGCGCAGGUGACAAGGAGGCCUACCAGGUAAUCAAAGAUGAGUACAAAAAGUUGGGCAAGAUGAGCUUCGCAGAGGCCUGUGUGCUGGUUAUCUUCACGCUGCUGGUUCUUCUGUGGUUUACAAGGGAGCCUGGUUUCAUACCAGGCUGGGCCACUGUUCUCUUCAACCAAAAUAAAAAGUACGUCACAGAUGGAACGGUGGCCAUUUUAAUGUCAGCGCUCUUCUUCUGCAUCCCCUCCAAAUUUCCCAGAUGCGGCAGGACGUCUGAGGACGAGGGUCCCACUGAAGCUGCACCACCUCUGCUUACAUGGGAUGUUGUCCAUGAAAAAAUGCCCUGGAACAUCCUUUUGCUCCUGGGAGGAGGCUUUGCUUUAGCCCAUGGUAGUGAGGUGUCUGGACUGUCUAAAUGGUUGGGAGAAAGUCUCAUACCACUGCAGAGUAUCCCUCCUUUUGCUAUAUCCAUCUUGCUGUGUCUGUUGGUGGCCAUGUUCACGGAAUGUUCGAGCAACACUGCCACCACCACUCUGUUUCUACCUAUACUCGCCGCCAUGGCCACUGCUAUUAAGAUCCACCCAUUGUACGUGAUGUUUCCGUGCACCAUUGCUGCCUCGCUGGCUUUCAUGCUACCUGUGGCCACGCCUCCUAAUGCCAUCGCUUUCUCCUACGGCAACCUUAAAGUCAUGGACAUGGCUAAGGCCGGAUUCAUCCUGAACUUCCUUGGAGUUUUCACCAUCAACAUUGGCAUUAACACUUGGGGGGUGGCCAUGUUCGAUUUGAAAACCUUCCCUAGCUGGGCAAAUGUUACUUCACCUCCUUGAAUUUAAAUCGCAGUGAGAAAAAAUGCACCAACAAAUAACCUUUUUUCCCCUUUACUCUAUUCUACUGUACUCUACUCACUAGGGCUUAUUUAACAUUCAGGCCUACCAUGGCCAAAUUUCCUUGCUGUCAGUAACACCGGGACUUAUUUUUUAUAAUGUUUUCAAAUUAAAGCGCACAGUAAAGUAGAACAAACUAGUGGCUAGUUUCAGUAUUUUAUGCACAAGUUCGCACCCUCUUUCUGUAAACAUGACACUAUAAAAUCCUGCAAAAUCGAAUCAGAUCCAGUGGAAGAUCUGCACUUUAAAAAGGCAUUUUUAAAAAAAAUGCAGUUUUGACAACAGUUUUGAAGGCAGAAUCUUAGGCAGAAUCUUAUAUUGUAUCUGAGUUCAAAGAAUGAGUAUCAUUACUGUCCUUAACUCAUUGACUACCAAAAAUCAUGUCACAAGACAUCUUUCUUUCUUUUAAAUGCCACAGAAUAUUGUGUUCUUGGGCUACAUGAACAUUUAACUUAGAAUAAGACAGAUAAAAUUGCCUUCUUUCAUCAUUACAAAAUGAUUGUUUCUACUCUUUUUCGUUCUUUAGGUAGUUAGUUCUUUAGUUUAGUAUAGCUGAACAACACUGUUAUACGUCUUUGGUAGUUAUUGAGUUAUGUACACAUUGAAUUUACGUGCCACAAAAAUCCUGGUAUAAAAAUUCAGCUCUGUAUUUUAUUAUUUUUAUAACAUUUGAAACUUUUGUAAAUAAUGGGGUUGCAUAGUAUAAGCUGAUAUGUUUCAUAUGCAUGGCUCUUGACCAUAUACUGUGGAAUAAUAUGGAACAAACUAAAUGUAAUUUUUUUCUUUUAAAUGUGGCGGUUACUUAAAAGUUGAUUGUAAAAUUUUUUGUUGUUGUUGCA